AUGCUGUUACUUAAUAAUGGCUAUGCUAAAUUCAAUCAUGGAAUUAUCCUCCCUCAAACAUCUGAGUUCGAGUAUCUUGUUGACGAGAAUUAUUUCAAAUUUGGACUGAAAUUUUUGGCUGAUCUAGGUUAUGGUACUCAUUAUAGAACUACUAAUACAGAGGAAAAGAGAGAAAUUUAUGGUAUUCAUUUAUACUCAAUAGUUAGCUCUAGCAUUACUCUGGAUAUUGGAAGCUUCUAUUAGAUUGAAAUAGAAUUUAGGUUUGUUCCUUUGUACUGGGAGUUAUACAAUUAAUAGAUAAUGUGGUAUCGCCCUGAGGAUGAGAAUGGCUUUCAUUUCUUUGUGAGAGGAGAUAGAAAAGGUGAUUUUCUUAGAUUAGAAACUUACGUAAGAGAGAAUACAAAAACUAUUGAAGAAUCAGGAUAUAAAAUGAUAAUCGAUGGUAGCUAAAAUGGCUAUUAUCCAGAGCUUUCAGAUUUCAAUUAUGAUAAUGAUUUCAAAGUUGAGAUUAAAGAUUACUAUUGGUCUUAUAAUCUUGAAGAUGAAUUGAAUUUAGAUUUUGUGACUGAUAUUAUUACUGCUGAUUAUUAUUAUUGGUACUAAUUGUUUUGA